GGAUUACCCUGUGGCAUGCUCGUCUGCAACAUUGAAACAAAAGUGUUAUUAUUAUACCUGGGGAAUUACUGCUUUACCCCCACUACUUUUUUUCCUUUUUUUUGUUGUUGUUCUUUUUUUUAUUCUUUUAAUUAGCAAAAAAAAACCCACUAAAAGUAAACUUUUGGAAGAAUCUUUCUCACUACUAAGACUUUUUUGUUACUUCACAGAGUACACAGGGAAACCCCCAAAAUGCUAGCAAUCAUGAUCUCAAAUUAACCAGACAUUGCCCUUGCACAGUGUAAUUGCAAUUCCCACCGGGAAUGACAGCCCUCAGUGUUGUUUGACCUGACAAGUGUGUUCCUGGCCUCUGUCACUGAGGUUUGCAGCCUCAGGCCUACCUGAGAGGAACGCCUGACUGGCCCAAAGGCACGUCUCAGUUGUUUCGGAGGGCUGAAGGGUGCAAGGGGCCCCCAGGGGGUCCCUGUGGGUUCAGAGGUUCUGAGGAGUCCUGGAAGGUCUGAAGACUCUGAGGCACCCCAGGUCGAAGGUACCUGAGGGGAUCCUGGAAGUCUGAGGGGUCCCAGAAGGAUUGAGGCACCCCAGGGUGUCUCAGAGGGUCCUGAGGGUCUGAGAGCUCUGAGGAGUCCCAGGUCUGAGGGGUCUGAGGCACCCUGGGGUCUGAGGAGUCCAAGGCAUCUCAGGGGGUCCCAGAGGUCUGAGGGCUCUGAGGUGCCCUGGUGGGGGGGGAGGAGGGGCGGUUCUGAAGGUCUGAGGGACUCUGAGGACUCCAGGAGGUCUGAGGAGUCUGAGGCACCCCUCGGCUGGGGGACCCCUGGGGGACCCCGACUGGGUCUGAGGGCUCUGAGGGAUCCCGGGAGUCUGAGGCACCUCAGGGGGUCCCGCUGGUCUGAAGGGUCUAAGAUACCUCAAGGAUCUGAGGAGUCCAAGGCGCCCCGGGGGUUUUCAGAGAUCUGAGGGCUCUGAGCGGCCCCGGGGGCGUGAGGGCUCUGAGGCACCGCGGGGAUCUUAGGACUCCAAGGCGCCUCGGAGGAUCCCGGAGGUCUGAGGGGUCCUGCGGGGGUCCCGGGGGUUUGAGGGCUCUGAGGGAUCCCAGGAGUCGGACGGCUCAGAGGUCCCGGAGGUCUGAGUGCUCUGAGGCGCCCCGGGGCGCUCCGGCGGGUCCGAGGCCGCUGAGGUGUCCCGCAGAUCUGAUGAGUCCGAGGCGCCCUGAGGGCUCCGGAGCUCCGAGCGCACCCGGCGGCUCUGAGGGAGCUGAGGCGGCUCUCGGCGCCCCCUCGCGGUCAUUGCCGCCACAGGACGGGGCGGAGCCGCGCAGUGACGCCAUCGGCGGGCGCCGUGCGGUGACGUCACCACAGCCAUUCCCGGCGCCGCUCCCGAUCCUCAUCCCCAUCCCGAUCCCGGCCCCCGGCCCGUGAGGGCGGCUUGGGGUGGUCCGAUGCGGCGGUGGGCAGGAUGCACCAGAAGCUGCUGCGCAGCGCGCACUACAUCGAGCUGGGCAGCUACCAGUACUGGCCGGUGCUGGUGCCCCGCGGCAUCCGGCUGUACACGUACGAGCAGAUCCCGGUGUUCCUAAAGGACAACCCCUACAUCACCGAUGGAUACCGCGCCUACCUGCCCUCCCGCCUCUGCAUCAAGAGCCUCUUCAUCCUCUCCAACGAGACCGUCAACAUCUGGAGCCACCUGCUCGGCUUCCUGCUCUUCUUCACGCUGGGCAUCUACGACCUGACGGCCGUGCUGCCGGCGGCCGGCGCCUCCCGCGAGGAUUUCGUCAUCUGCUCCGUCUGCCUCUUCUGCUUCCAGGUCUGUAUGCUUUGCUCAGUAGGAUACCACCUGUUCUGCUGCCACCGCUCCGAGAAGACCAGCCGGCGCUGGAUGGCGCUGGAUUACGCAGGCAUUUCCAUUGGGAUCCUGGGCUGCUACGUGUCAGGCGUGUUCUAUGCUUUCUACUGCAGUAAUUACUGGCGCCAGGUGUAUUUGAUCACUGUGCUGGCCAUGAUCCUGGCAGUGUUUUUUGCUCAGAUCCACCCCAGUUACCUCACACAGCAGUGGCACAGGCUGCGUUCCAUCAUCUUCUGCUCCGUGUCUGGCUACGGAAUCAUUCCCACCAUCCACUGGGUUUGGCUCAAUGGCGGCGUCGGUGCAUCCAUUGUACAGGAGUUUGCUCCGCGGGUAUUUGUCAUGUACUUCAUCGCUGCUGUAGCUUUUCUCUUCUAUAUUUCCAAAGUUCCAGAAAGAUACUUCCCAGGCCAGCUGAACUACCUCGGCUCAAGCCACCAAGUGUGGCACAUCCUGGCAGUGGUGAUGCUGUAUUGGUGGCACCAGUCCACAGUGUACAUCAUGCAGUACCGACACAGCAAGCCCUGCCCCGAGUACAGCACGGACUUGUGAGCCAAGAAGCAGCACAAGAGGAUUUGUGACUCUGAGGGUCUGGACCUCAUGUGAAGAGCUGUGCUGUCAAGGACUGAGGCAGUUCCUUUCCUG